AUGGAGAACCAUAAAAGAAUAUAUUGUGAGAAUUUUUUCACAGGUACUUUAAAGAGUAAGGAGGAACUAAAAAGUUUCAUCAGAGAUCGUCAAGGAAAGAUUCUUAGUUGUUAUGCAGGGACAAUUAAUCAGGGUGACAAUUUUGACUUUUCGGAGGUAAUUCUAGUUGAUGCCCUCUUCAUCAUUCAGCUCUUUAUGAUGGAUUCUGAAAACCCUAAAAAUGAUUAUCACAUCUUAAGAUCACGGUGGCUGAGGAAAGCUGUAGAGCAGGACCUCGUACUGCUAGAAAAUCAGCUUCCUUAUUUUCUUCUUCAAGACCUGUACAACUUUGCCAUGCCAGUCUCUUGUUUCUAUCCCCGCAACGAAGUGCAAGCACAAGAACGGGAGAAUAGACAACAAAGAUGUUUUGAUCUUGAUAAAAUAUGUUACUGCUUGCCUUGCUGUCGUAGAAGCCACCACCGCGAUCAUUCUGUGUUAACUGUUGAAGCCGCCAAAUCUGUUCAUCCCUUUCUCAAGCUUACCUGUGAGUUCUUCAAAAGUUACAGUAAGGGAAAAUCUGUCAGGAUUGGAGUAACUAUAAAACAUUUCACUGAUUUGGUAAGACAUUUUUUGUGCCCUGCAGAAGAAAUGACUUGGGUAGAUACUCCUAUAAAAAAUAUAUAUGACACGAGAAAGUUGAAGGCCGUAGGGGUGAACUUUAGGCUACUUCAAGAAGUAGGUUUUGUCAUUAAAGGAGAUGAAUCCCACGAUUGUAAUUUCAACUUAGCAUGUUUUACAAGUAUGGACUUGAAGCUGACACUAAUCUGUGUCAAGGAUGAGAUAGAAUGCGUCGUCCGAAAUGUCAUGGCGUUGGAGCAGUUUCUGUAUCCAGACUCUGCUUAUAUUUGCGAAUAUUUUUUGUUCAUGGAUAAACUUGUGGACACUGUUGAAGAUGUGAAUUUGCUGAUUGAGAGUGGAGUUCUUGUUAACAAGAUAGGCUGCAACGAAACCGUGGCAAACCUGAUCAAUAAACUCUGUGUGCAGAUUAUGGAUGAUGUAUCCUGCUAUGGUGGUGUCUCUGGGCAGCUUAAUAAGCACUAUGGGAUCAGUUUUUGGAACCGUCAUGUGGCAAUCCUGAAAGGAGUUUACUUGAAGGAUCUUUGGAGAGGCAGCUCAACUAUACUUGGACUUUUUGUCCUGGUUUUCUCAAUCAUUGGAACCAUGAAGUCGCUUGAACAUAAUCUAAUUUAA